AUGCGUUGUUCCUCAUCAGGGUGUAGUUACUUUACACCGCUGGGAACCAUCAUGGUCAGCGGGGGUGCAGGAGAACUGUGGAGUAAUAUUUCGGAUUCAAGGAGGAUGCGAAGCGAUAAUGUGCCGUGCUCUGAAGAGAAUUCGAAGAACGGCGUUUGUGAACCUCCGUCAAGACUACUGACGAACGGUGCUACUCAGCAUACGUACAAUGUGCCCCGACAAUCCAUUACAUCCUUUCCCGACCCUGACGGCUUAAGAACUGCCCACCUCCAUGGGAGUAUGCUCAGCGAUCCGAUUCCCAUUAAUCCUAACGGUCCUUCCUUCAGUGGUCGAGAAUUCGGUGGCCCUGGUUGCAACGCUUCUCUUGUGAGCAUUCCUGCCUCCCAGAAUCGUGGUCAGCCGAGGUUCGCUAAAGCCGUCAACACACUGGCGACAUGUGGCACCCCCACAAUAACAAUUGCAACCAAAGAUGAGACUCAGUUGGUUAUUCCACCCAGGUACUUGGUAUGGGCGUUCGAUAUCCUUAGAAACGGUUGGCGACGCUUGGCACCCUUUGAUGUGACUGGACUGACUGUUUUUGGACUGGCCAAGAAGGCAGCAGAGUACGAGGUGGCAGGCAAACGUAUCCUCACUACCACCGCUCGUUGUUAUGACUGUCCGGCAUCGUGGAGUUGGAGCGUGCGAGAGUUCAUGUUCUGGUUGGACUCGGCGCUUCCGGGGCCUGCAGGUGGUUGUAGUCAGGCGCGGGGGACCAACGAGCCACUCGUCAUCAGUAGUCUGCCUGGCGGCCAUGCUCCGAGCGGCUCUUCACCUGGUCCGAGCAGUUCUGUUCCCAGCGGUCAUUUUCCCCCAGCUGCCUGGAGCAGCCAUGACAUACCCUUGGCAGCAAUUGCAGCGCCAGCUGAGAGAGAAUUAGCGAUUCGGCCCAGGUACUUGGUAUGGGCGUUCGAUAUCCUUAGAAACGGUUGGCGACGCUUGGCACCCUUUGAUGUGACUGGACUGACUGUUUUCGGACUGGCCAAGAAGGCAGCAGAGUACGAGGAGGCAGGCAACCGUAUCCUCACUAUCACAGCUCGUUGUUAUACCUGCGCCCCAUCAUACCAUUGGACUGUAGACAACUUCGUGAGUUGGUUGCUAACAUCGCUUCCAGGACCUGUUGGGGGGUGCAGUCUGGUGUCGGACGACCUGUCGCGAUACCGCAGUCGAAAGCUUGACGUAGGCAUGGUGAGCAGGGCAGUGGAGGAUAUUCUGCGGUCGUGGACCCCGUUCAUGCCGUUUGGCGACCAAAUUGACGUCUGGUGGAAACGUGUUGGAUGCCGGCAUGAGGCAACCGCGGACUCCCCCCACAUACUGGACUGGCAGCUGGAUGGUAUAAUUGUGAAGUUGGCUGCUGAGCAGAAGGCAGCACGAAGUAUCCAUGAAGAAGCAAAACAAAAAGCUCCUUACCCAGAUCCUUGCCCAGAUCCUGACUCGGUCGUAGAGGUACCGACGUACGUGACUGGGAUUUCGGGUUUCAAGUUUCGAAUUGUAACAGAGGACGAGGUGCUUCUUCGGCUCGAACCGUGGUACCUGGUCUGGGCUUACGACCAACUCAGUCAUGACUGGUUGCACACCUUGCCACGGGCACUAUUAAGGGAACUGUCCUCCAAGGCCACUAAGCGCUUGACUGUUUUCGGCUUGGCCCUCUGGGCUCGUCAAUGGAAUAGACGCGGCGAAAUGCUCUCUACUCUGUCUGCUCGCUGCUAUCAUUGCGAAGAAGGAAACGACUUCAAUAACCUUGACCUCACUAACAAUCAAAAAUGUGGGCGGUGCGAAAGGUGCCAAGGCCUGUGGGACUGUGAGGCGUUUUCGAAGUGGCUACGCUUUAGACAUUAUGUUAGCCAUCCUCCUAGUGGCGACGGAGAGCUCCUGCCUGAGUGGAACCGUAUGGUCCAAUAUCUUGGUUUCCAGGCGCCAUCUGGUGCCAAGGGACCGAGAAUCCGCAUUUCUCAAUUCGAUUAUCCCUUCGUUAAUCCAAAUGGGUUUCUCGGCUGGGGUUCAGUGCUCGCGGGCGUCGUUGAGGGGCCAAGAGUCGUCGAGGACGGCCCCACGCCCCCCAAGAGACGAUGCCAGGAGCCGGACAGCAACAUUAAUGAGAAUUUGGUUCUCGUUCUCUGUCCCAAUAUCGCAAGUUUUGGAGCUGAUGAUAGCGUUGCAGCAGGAGGCGAAGGUCGUAACGGCGAAGGUCCUGCCGCCGAGACUCUCACCAGUCAUGACCUGUUGGCCGAGUCAUGUAACGAGGUCAUAAUGAACUCGACGGAAGACGACGUUAGCGCCCAGACGAGUAGCUGCGAGGCUCUUGUCAAAGCAGAUCCUAACGGCGAACCUCUUUCCGGCGAGACUCUUACCAGUCAUGACCUGUUGGUCGAGCCAUGUAACGAGGUGGCGAUGAACUCGACGGAAGACGACGUUGACUGCACUACGUAUUAUUCCCAGUAUGAAUCCCCCGUUUUCUUCGUGGACGACACCCUCCUGUGUGGGACGGAGGAAAUCGUAGCUGGGUCUGAUGACAUCACUGAAGACGUAGCCGCGGGAGUUGCAUCUCCUCCUACUUCUCCUGAUGCGGAUGACACACUUUAUCCUUCUCCCGAAGCGGUCCCGUCUUUUGGAGCCAGUGCGUCCCCCGGAGUCACUCCGUCCUCCGGAGCUGUUCCUUCCGCCGUAGCCCCUCCAUACCCUGGGGGCACUUCUCUGAACGUGGGUGCCUUGAUUUCCACAGGCCGGCAGUCUCAGGUGACCGGCGGCUUUGGAGGUGGUUUCACGAAGGCGGAAGGUUGGCACAACAUCACUGAGACAAUGGAGGCGGUGGCUGCGAUCAAGCCGCGGCGUGUGGUGUCGUCAGUAGUGUCUGUGGAAGGGGAGCUGGAGCGGAAGCGGCCGGAGGCGAAGGUCCCUACGUUGAAAUUGUUUACGCCGGAGGAGCGUUCGUGGAAGGUGGACCCGAAGUAUUUGUUCUGGUCGUACUCGAUGUUGCGGCACGGAUGGUGGUGGUUGGUUCCGUUCAGUACAAAGGGGAAGUCGGUGUUUGCGUUGGCACGGGAGGCGGAGCAGUGGGAGAAAGCGAAGCGCCCUAACUUUGCGUUAUCAGCCCGGUGUUUUUCUUGGCGUAGUCCGGAGCCAUGGACGACGACCGAGUUUCUGAACUGGGCAGACUUGCCGCCCCAUGUGCGACCGAAGGGAAUAGCAACGCCACGUCGAGUGGGCGAGUGCGUGCUCGAGGAGGCUGUUGAAGACGCUGUGCAGCACUGGUCGCAACUAGAGCCGUCACACUCCUUCUGUCACCAAAUGUCUAAGUGGUGGCGAACGCGAGAGCGGGGCCGGUUCCAAGCGGCAAGCGACGAGCCAAGGGUAUCCUCUGUGGUGUUCGACGAACUCGUCUUGGAGCGACUGGGGCGGCUGAAAGUGUCGGUGGAGAAGCUGCCUGAGGCAAUUAUGCGCGACUCACGGACUCGGAAAAUUCGCCUGGCAGCAGAAUACUUCCCGCCGAAACACGUCCCCGCCGAGCUUCAGAAACGCAUCCCCAAGCGGUGGGUCGGAAUCUCAGGGCACGAGUUCGAGAUCGCGACUCCGCAGGAAAAAGGCCUGCGCAUCUCCGCCCCUCUUCUGGUCUGGGCCUAUGACGUCCUCAACCACGGCGCCUGGGGUUCCUUGCCGGCGAUCUGGGCCGCCACUAAAUUGUCAGUCUUUGGCUUGGCGAGGAAGGCCCACGACUGGGCCCGCGGCGGCGGCAAAAUACUUACCCUCUCAGCAGGCCCCUACUACUGCGGAGAAGACCGCGAAUACCACGAACGCUGCGAACGUUGCAGUAUCUGGAACCGCCACGACUUCUGGCUCUGGCUACGCGCCAGACAUGUCGUACCACGCGUCAUGGAACACACCAGACACACCACCAGAACACUCCACCAGCAAACUGUCGAUUCCCUCGGCUUCGACUGCCCACGACCCGACCCAGAGCGCAGGAUCGCCGUCCUGCCCUACGACUGCCCUCUGUACGAUUUCGGCAGUCCCGAUAGUCCCUUUCAAUCAACCUUCGAGGACUGGUGGAAACGAAACAAGGGUCAAGAUUCGGCUCAAGAUGGUUUCGAACGCUGGGAAUCCGAGCGUAUCAUUCUGUACCGACUCUGGCAGCAGGGCAUUCCUCUCGUCUUUUUUCAGCACCACCGACGCUAA